UGCCAAAUAAAAGAAACAUUAAAAAAAAAAAUCUUUGAAAUUUCUCCCUCACGGGUCGAAUUUAAUACGUGCUCCAAAACUCGGGUCAUCCCCCAAAACGUUAAAUGACGUUACUGUAGCCUGCUGAUUUCAGGGGAAGAAAGAAAACAACCUCCACAAUCACUCAUUUUCAAAAUUCGGAUUUAGUUUUUUCCCUGUUUCGACUGAUCUCUCAGAGUUUUCUGGGAGAUAAAAACAUUUAGGGUUCUUUUUCCUUUCUACUUCACUGCAGUAAUGGCGAGAAGACACGGAUGGCAACUCCCAGCCCAUACAUUUCAGGUUGUCGCUAUAACUGUAUUCUUCUUGCUCACUAUAGCCUACUAUGCCUUCUUUGCUCCGUUUCUAGGGAAAAUACUCUAUGAGUAUAUCGCCGUUGGUGUCUACUCAUUCUUGGCGUUUUUGGUUUUUGUUCUGUACAUCCGAUGCACUGGUAUAGACCCUGCAGAUCCUGGUAUCUUUGUAGACGCUGUUAACACUCCAGCUCAUAAGUCACAGACCAGUAACUAUGUCCCUGAGAAUGGUGUGCCGUAUACUAGACACGGCUCAGGUUGCUGUAAUGCUGUAGGAAGAUUCAUUUGUGGUUGUUUAGUAUCACAAGAUUGCCGUAGAGAUACCACCCAUCAAGAGCAGUCAGGGGAACAAGAAGAAGCUCUGUUCUGCUCCUUAUGCAAUGCUGAGGUACGUAAAUUUAGCAAGCACUGUAGAAGUUGUGGCAAGUGUGUCGAUGGGUUUGAUCAUCAUUGCCGGUGGCUGAAUAACUGUGUGGGGAAGAAGAACUACAUCAGCUUUGUGUGUCUUAUGGCCGCUAGCUUUUUCUGGCUUUUAGUUGAAUUUGGAGUUGGUGUUGCUGUUUUUGUUCGAUGUUUUGUGGAGCAAAAGGCCAUGGAACAUCUUAUAACCGAGAAGCUUGGACUUGGCUUCUCUCGUCCUCCUUUUGCUGCUAUUGUGAUUGUUUGUACAGCUCUCUCGUUUGUGGCUAUAAUACCACUCGGGGAACUUUUCUUCUUCCACAUAAUCUUGAUCCGAAAGGGAAUCACAACAUAUGAAUACGUUGUUGCGGUAAGAGCGCAAAGCGAGCCACCUGGACCGUCUAUAGACGGGGGAGACGAGUAUAGCCAGCCACCUUCACCAACAAGCUCAGCUGUAACAGCCGCUAGUGGAAGAAGCUCUCUCGGAUUGAGCAUUCAGUACCGUGGCGCUUCCUUGUGCACACCUCCAAACAUAUUCAUGGAUCAAAAUGACGAUGUUAUCCAGCAUCUGGAGCAGCCUGGAACUGUACGAUCCAACAUAGAUCCAGACAAGAAGCCAACUCAGCGUCAACAAGUGAGGAUCAACCCAUGGAAGCUAGCGAAACUGGACUCCAACGAAGCAUCUAAAGCAGCUGCUAAAGCGCGUGCAUCCUCAUCGGUUCUCCUUCCAUUGUCUUCCAGACAAAACCCUCACAGAACAACCAUCAGCAACGCGAGCGGGAGAAGCAGCCCUACUCCAGCUUCUUUGACGAGAGACCACUUCAACCCGAUGUACAUGUCAUCGUCAGCCAACGAGUCACCGUUAAACGAGGAAGAAAGAAGGAGCGUUGUUAUUGCUGCUGCAGGUAGAAGAAACAACAUGGCUACUACAAGCGAUGAGAGUUCGGUAGUUUGGGAUCCAGAAGCUGGCAGGUUUGUAUCUUCUUCUUCUCUUCAGACUCCUGGAACAGAACUGGCUGCUUUUGGAGGUGGUGGUGGUGGUUCUCUUGCUGCUGCUAACGAACGUCUCGGCAGCGUGACUUCUUCCGGGAGUGAUGGUAGCAGAAGGGUCAGAGGUAACGCUUUAACUGGUCACUUCCAACAGGUUAGAUCACAGAGAGGAGAGCAGCUUCCAGUGUUUAUGCCUUCUGAUUCUCAACUGCAGAGACAUGUAUCUUCUAGGUUCCAGUAGAAUCAUUUGUAGUCUGUAGGUGACAAACUUUUUUUUUUUAAUUGAAGUUUUUUUAUUUU